UCAAUUGCUUUGAUUGUAUUGAGUGAUUAUAUACUGGUUUUGCCCCUGCCCGUGCCGAUAUUUACGCUACUAGGCUGUAUCUGCGAUAACGAAACAUGAUGACGUGUGCAUGGCCGUAAGUGAAAGUAUCUUAUUAGUGGUAGGAGUUAUUCGAAGGUCUUCGAUAUCAGUUACACGUUAUAUUGCUCACAGUCCACAGUCGUUCGUGGUUUCGUGCACUCGAGUCAACGGAUUCGCUCUACUUCGUUAACGAUGUGUGGAAUAUUCGCGUAUAUUAAUCACCUUACGCCUAAAACGCGCCGAGAAAUUUUGGAACUUCUCGUCAACGGUCUUAAACGUUUGGAAUACCGUGGUUAUGAUUCUGCGGGUGUCGCUGUUGAUGCUGCCGAUGAAAAAGAUAUUGCGGUUAUUAAAAGAAGCGGGAAAGUAGCGGCACUCGAAGAAUUGCUUCAGGAGCGCAGUGUUGAAUUGGGUGUAGAUGAAAGUGUGGAAUCUCACUGUGGCAUUGCACAUACCCGUUGGGCUACUCAUGGAGAGCCGAGUGCCAUCAAUUCGCAUCCCCAGCGCUCCGGAGAGGACAAUGCAUUUGUUGUCAUUCAUAAUGGAAUUAUUACUAACUACAAAGCUGUUAAAACUUUUCUUGAGAACAAGGGCUACAGUUUUGAAUCCCAGACUGACACCGAGGCAAUUGCAAAGUUAGUUCACCACAUCUACAGUCAACACAAGGACUACAGCUUCCAGGAAUUAGUAGAACAGGUAAUUCAACAAUUAGAAGGUGCUUUCGCUUUGUGCUUUAAGUCAAGAUACUUUCCUAAUGAGUGUGUUGCAACCAGACGUGGUAGUCCCUUACUUGUUGGGAUCAAGACACGUCGUCGGCUCUCAAGUGAUCAUGUUCCUAUCAUGUACACCAACAAUAAAGCUACAAGGGGAGUUGUACCUUCCGUACCUCGUGUCAAUAGCCAUGCCCACUUUGAGCCAGAGGAAGAGAGAGAUGUUGAGUAUUUCUUUGCAUCAGAUGCUUCAGCAGUUAUUGAACACACAAAUAAAGUGCUUUAUUUUGAAGAUGAUGAUGUUGCUCAUAUUAAAGAUGGUGUUCUUAGCAUUCACCGCAUGUCAACAAGCAGCAAUGACCCACAUCAACGGGAAAUCUUCACUCUGAAAUUAGAGUUGCAACAAAUUAUGAAAGGAAACUAUGAAUAUUUUAUGCAAAAAGAAAUUUUUGAGCAAUCUGAAUCUAUUGUGAAUACUAUGAGAGGACGUUUGAAUUUCGCAGAUGGUACUGUUACCCUUGGAGGUAUUAAAGAUUAUGUUCCAGAGAUAAAACGCUGUAGACGACUUAUGUUGAUAGGAUGUGGUACUAGUUACCAUAGUGCUGUAGCUACUCGUCAGCUUUUGGAGGAAUUGACUGAGCUGCCUGUAAUGGUAGAGCUAGCCUCUGACUUCUUGGAUAGAAACACCCCAGUUUUCAGAGAUGACGUAUGUUUCUUCAUAUCUCAAUCAGGAGAGACGGCUGAUACUUUAAUGGCUCUACGUUACUGUAAACGUCAUGGCGCUCUUAUUGUUGGUAUCACCAAUACUGUUGGUAGUUCCAUAUGUCGUGAAUCACAUUGCGGUGUUCACAUCAACGCUGGUCCUGAAAUUGGUGUAGCCUCAACAAAGGCUUACACUUCACAGUUUGUGUCACUUGUUAUGUUUGCCCUAGUGAUAAGUGAAGAUCGUAUUUCUUUACAAAAGAGGAGAGCAGACAUAAUUGCUGGAUUGCAUGAAUUAGAUACAAAGAUUAAACAAGUAUUAGCUUUAGAUGACAAAGUAAAAGCUUUAGCUGAGGAUCUUUAUCGCCAACGAUCGUUACUUAUUAUGGGUCGAGGAUACAACUUUGCCACCUGUUUGGAAGGUGCUUUAAAAGUUAAAGAAUUAACGUACAUGCACAGUGAAGGCAUCAUGGCUGGUGAAUUGAAACACGGUCCUCUAGCUCUUAUUGAUGAUUCCAUGCCGGUCAUGAUGAUAGUUAUGCGUGAUCCAGUUUACGUUAAAUGCAUGAAUGCACUACAGCAGGUUACAGCACGUCAAGGUCGGCCUAUCGUCGUAUGCGAGGAAGGUGAUAAAGAAACUAUGGAUCUUGCAUCACGGUGCCUUGAAGUACCGAAAACUGUAGAUUGUUUACAGGGUGUCCUUACUGUUAUUCCUAUGCAGUUGUUGGCCUAUCACAUAGCUGUGUUGCGAGGAUGCAAUGUUGAUUGUCCAAGAAACCUUGCUAAGUCUGUUACUGUAGAGUAAAUUUACAAAUUAUUGAUUUCAUGUAGGCGAUCUCUUUUUUCUUUCUUACUAUGUAUAUAGCAUAUA